AGCUGCCGUGCUGCUCCGGGGAAGCCGGGCCCCGGCACCAGGUGGGAUCCCCAGUGAGGCCCGCAGCCGGCUUCUAGGCUCCUCUCACAGCCGGUGGUGGUGUAGGCAGUGCCGUGCCCUUGGAGCACUGAGAGAAACGGUGGGCCGCGGAGAGGAAAGGAGAGGAGAGGAGGGCUGCUUGCUGAAGCGCGGGGAGCAGCAGACCCCAGUCCUGCUCCACGGUGGGGUGUCGAACGCUGGCCCAAACCCCCUGCGAGGGAGAGACAGGCUUCGGCUGCUUCCCCAGCUUCCUAGAGAGCUGGAGGUGUCAUGGUGUAGCGGGACCAGCUGAAACAGAAGCUCUUUAUACAGGAGAGAUAAUCAGUAAGAAAUAACCUUGAAGAGACUACUAUGGCUCUUGCUGCUGUGCAUUUUUCACUGAAGAUCCCAAGCGCUAUGUCCCUGCGGGCUCCCCUGAGAAGAUCUCUCCAACUUUGCAGCCCGUGCUACCCAGUUCAUGCCUCUCUGAGUUAUGAAGCCAUACAACACCAGUACAGACCAGAGGUGCCAGAAUACUUCAACUUUGCAAGAGAUGUGCUGGACAGAUGGACUGAAGUGGAAAAGGAGGGAAAAAAGUCUAAAAACCCCGCAUUAUGGUGGGUAGAUGGUGCCGGAGAAGAGGUGAGGUGGAGCUUUGAGGAGCUGGGAGUGCUGUCCAGGAAAGUGGCAAAUGUACUCUCUGAUGCCUGCAGUCUGCAACAGGGAGACAGAGUUAUUCUGAUUCUGCCCCGGAUCCCAGAGUGGUGGCUGGUGAAUGUGGCUUGCAUGAGAACAGGAACUGUCCUGAUUCCUGGCACACAGCAAUUGACAGCAAAGGACAUUCUUCAUCGACUACAGAAAUCCAAAGCAAAGUGUAUCAUCACUGAUGAUUCUGUGGCACCAGCUGUAGACUCAGUUGGGGCUGAAUGCCAGUCUCUGAAAUUCAAGCUGCUUGUGUCACAGGGCCACAGAGAAGGAUGGCUGAACUUUAAAGAUCUCCUGAAAAAUGCUCCUUCUGAUCACCAGUGUGUGACCACAAAGUGUCAAGAUCCAAUGGCCAUCUAUUUUACCAGUGGAACUACAGGAUCUCCAAAAAUGGCUGAACAUUCCCACAGCAGCUAUGGUAUUGGCCUCACAGUAAGUGGAAGGUACUGGCUGGACUUGACUUCCUCAGAUAUAUUUUGGAAUACAUCAGACACGGGCUGGGCAAAAGCAGCUUGGAGCAGCAUUUUUUCGUCAUGGAUUCAAGGGGCAUGUGUAUUUGUACAUAAAAUGCCACAGUUCAACCCAAGCGUUGUCUUUGAGAGUCUGUCAAGAUUUCCCAUAACCGUCUUCUGUUCUCCACCAACUGCCUAUCGAAUGUUUGUGCAACAUAAACUGUCCAGCUAUAUGUUCAAGAGCCUGCGGCGCUGUGUGAGUGCUGGGGAGCCAAUCAACCCUGAAGUGAUGCAAGAAUGGAAAGCGCAGACAGGGCUGGAUAUUUAUGAAGGCUAUGGACAGACAGAAACAGUGCUGAUCUGUGGAAAUUUUAAGGGAAUGAAAAUCAAACCUGGUUCUAUGGGAAAGCCGUCUCCAGGGUAUGAUGUCAAGAUUAUAGAUGAAAACAGUAAUAUUCUGCCUCCUGGAAAAGAAGGAGAUAUUGCCAUCAGAGUAAAACCUACGAGAUCGCCUUUUCUUUUUACUUGCUAUGCUGAUGAUCCAGAGAAAACAGAGGCAACAAUACGUGGGGACUUUUACGUCACUGGAGACAGAGGGAUUAUGGAUGAGGAAGGAUACUUCUGGUUUGUUGGAAGAGCUGAUGAUGUCAUUAAUUCUGCUGGAUACCGUAUUGGACCAUUUGAAGUAGAAAGUGCCCUGGUGGAGCAUCCUGCAGUGGUGGAAUCGGCAGUUGUCAGCAGCCCAGACCCCAUCAGAGGAGAGGUAGUGAAAGCCUUCGUCGUUUUAACAUCUGACUAUGCUUCACAUGAUCCAGAAAAAGUGAUGAAAGAGCUACAAGACCAUGUUAAGAAAGUUACUGCUCCAUACAAGUAUCCUAGGAAGAUGGAGUUUGUCCAACAGUUGCCAAAAACUGUUAGUGGGAAGAUCAGAAGAAAUGAACUGCGCCAGAAGGAGUGGAGAAAGGAUUAAAAGUACUUGUUACUUUUUUAUAGGACUUUUUACAAAGUAAGCUACUGCAGACUUACACAGUAACAUAGAGUAAAAGACAUUAUACUAUGUCCUUCUUAGUUUAGGUUUGAAUAAAUUCUUAGCUGAUCCCCAGCAUUUGGCCAUCCCAGGUGCUACACUAGUAGCUAAUAGUACAAAAGCAGAGACAUACAAAUGAAAUGGGAAACUCAUGUGGUCAAGAGCACAGUAGGUGAUGUGUGUUAAAUAA